CCCGGGCCGCCGCGUCAUGCGGCGGGGCGGCCGGCGUCGCGCGGGGGCACACGGGCUGGGCGUCGCGCCGCUGCCGCCUUGGCUAGGGUGGGGGGCUUUCCUCUCCCGGGAAGAGACGAACUAAAUCUGUUGGAGGAAAAGCAACGCACCAAACGCUCGCGGAGCCGAACGCCGCUUCACCCCGUCGGGACCCGGAUUGCACAGCGGACUCCACCUUGGGGGGGGGGGCCUCUCCCCGGGGCUGGCGAGAACCGCGCUUCGGCUGCUCCAGCGAGCCCUCUGACCUCCCCGCCCCCGCUCGCCCCUCGCGUGUCGGGACUUGUUCGGCGCUCCCGCUCCUGAAGGCAACGCAGCCUCGCGUCCUCCGGCAGGAAUCCGGGUCGCCUCCGGGCAGCAGCAUUUGAUGCCCGCAGCGUCGGGGCCGGCGGCGCGCGGGCGGGACGCGGCGAAGCGGGGCGCGCCGAGCCGCCCCGGGGCCGGCUCCUGGCUCGCAGGCCCGCUCGAUGCGUGUUUCUGAGUGAGUCGGCGGCUCCCCCACCCGCCUCGGCGGUGCUCUCCUCCCCUCCUCCUCCUCCUCUUCCUCUCCGGCCUCCUCCCGCCUCCGAGCCGGCCUGCAAAUGGCUUCGUUCCCCGAGACCGACUUCCAGAUCUGCCUGCUGUGCAAGGAGAUGUGCGGCUCGCCGGCGCCGCUCUCCUCCGGCUCGUCCGCGUCGUCGUCGUCCUCGCAGACGUCCACGUCGUCGGGCGGCGGCGGCGGGGGCCCGGGGGCCGCGGCGCGCCGCCUGCACGUCCUGCCCUGCCUGCACGCCUUCUGCCGCCCGUGCCUCGAGGCGCACCGGCUGCCGGCGGCCGGCGGCGGCGGCGGCGGCGCGCCCGGGGAGCCCCUCAAGCUGCGCUGCCCCGUGUGCGACCAGAAAGUCGUGCUGGCCGAGGCGGCGGGCAUGGACGCGCUGCCCUCGUCCGCCUUCCUCCUCAGCAACCUGCUCGACGCCGUGGUGGCCACGGCCGACGAGCCGCAGCCCAAGAACGGGCGCGCCGGGGCCCCGGCGGGCGCGGGCGGCCACAGCAACCACCGGCACCACGCGCACCACGCGCACCCGCGCGCGCCCGCCUCGGCCCCGCCGCCGCUUCCGCCCGCGCCGCCGCCGCCCGCGCCGCCCCGCUCCGCGCCCGGCGCCCCGGCCGCCUCCCCGUCCGCGCUGCUGCUGCGCCGGCCACACGGCUGCAGCUCGUGCGACGAAGGCAACGCGGCCUCGUCGCGCUGCCUGGACUGCCAGGAGCACCUGUGCGACAACUGCGUCCGCGCGCACCAGCGCGUGCGCCUCACCAAGGACCACUACAUCGAGCGCGGCCCGCCGGGUCCCGCCGCCGCCGCCGCCGCCGCCGCUGCCGCGCAGCAGCUCGGGCUCGGGCCGCCCUUCCCCGGCGCGCCCUUCUCCAUCCUGUCCGUGUUUCCGGAGCGCCUGGGCUUCUGCCAGCACCACGACGACGAGGUGCUGCACCUGUACUGUGACACCUGCUCAGUGCCCAUCUGUCGUGAGUGCACGAUGGGCCGGCACGGCGGCCACAGCUUCAUCUACCUCCAGGAGGCGCUGCAGGACUCCAGGGCACUUACCAUCCAGCUGCUGGCUGACGCACAGCAGGGCCGCCAGGCCAUCCAGCUGAGCAUCGAGCAGGCCCAGACGGUGGCGGAACAGGUGGAGAUGAAGGCCAAGGUGGUACAGUCGGAGGUCAAAGCCGUGACUGCGCGGCACAAGAAGGCCCUGGAGGAACGGGAGUGUGAGCUGCUGUGGAAGGUGGAGAAGAUCCGCCAGGUGAAAGCCAAGUCCCUGUACCUGCAGGUGGAGAAGCUGCGGCAGAGCCUCAACAAGCUGGAGAGCACCAUCAGCGCUGUGCAGCAGGUCCUGGAGGAGGGGCGGGCGCUGGACGUCCUGCUGGCCCGGGACCGCAUGCUGGCCCAGGUGCAGGAGCUGAAGACCGUGCGCGGCUUCCUGCAGCCCCAGGAGGACGACCGGGUCAUGUUCACGCCCCCGGACCAGGCCCUGUACCUGGCCAUCAAGUCCUUCGGCUUCGUCAGCAGCGGGGCCUUUGCGCCCCUCACCAAGGCCACGGGCGACGGCCUCAAGAGGGCGCUCCAGGGCAAGGUGGCCUCCUUCACUGUCGUCGGCUACGACCACGACGGGGAGCCUCGCCUCUCGGGGGGCGACCUGAUGUCGGCCGUGGUCCUGGGUCCCGACGGCAACCUGUUCGGUGCCGAGGUGAGCGACCAGCAGAACGGGACGUACGUGGUGAGCUACCGGCCGCAGCUGGAGGGCGAGCACCUCGUGUCGGUCACCAUGUGCAACCAGCACAUCGAGAACAGCCCCUUCAAGGUGGUGGUCAAGUCAGGCCGCAGCUACGUGGGCAUUGGGCUCCCGGGCCUGAGCUUCGGCAGCGAGGGCGACAGCGACGGCAAGCUGUGCCGCCCCUGGGGCGUGAGCGUGGACAAGGAGGGCUACAUCGUCGUGGCCGACCGCAGCAACAACCGCAUCCAGGUGUUCAAGCCGUGCGGGGCCUUCCACCACAAGUUCGGCACCCUGGGCUCCCGGCCCGGGCAGUUCGACCGGCCGGCCGGCGUGGCCUGCGACGCCUCCCGCAGGAUCGUAGUGGCCGACAAGGACAAUCAUCGCAUUCAGGUCUUCACGUUUGAGGGCCAGUUCCUGCUCAAGUUCGGCGAGAAGGGAACCAAGAACGGGCAGUUCAACUACCCUUGGGACGUGGCGGUGAACGCGGAGGGCAAGAUCCUGGUCUCAGACACCCGGAACCACCGGAUCCAGCUGUUCGGGCCCGACGGCGUCUUCCUGAAUAAGUACGGCUUCGAGGGGGCUCUCUGGAAGCACUUUGACUCCCCCCGGGGCGUGGCCUUCAACCACGAGGGCCACUUGGUGGUGACCGACUUCAACAACCACCGGCUCCUGGUCAUCCACCCCGACUGCCAGUCCGCGCGCUUCCUGGGCUCCGAGGGCACGGGCAACGGGCAGUUCCUGCGCCCGCAAGGUGUGGCCGUGGACCAGGAGGGGCGCAUCAUUGUGGCCGACUCCAGGAACCACCGGGUGCAGAUGUUUGAGUCCAAUGGCAGCUUCCUGUGCAAGUUUGGCGCCCAGGGCAGCGGCUUCGGGCAGAUGGACCGCCCCUCCGGCAUCGCCGUCACCCCCGACGGGAUGAUCGUGGUGGUAGACUUUGGCAACAAUCGGAUCCUCAUCUUCUAAUCCCGCUCUCUGGGCUUUUGUGUUGGGGUGUGCGCGUCUCCCUCUGUCUCCGUUGGAAUUUCAAAGAAGAAACAGUCUCAGGGAAAUUUCUUUUUUUCUUUUGUUGAAAGAGAACAAGAAGAGUACAACAUUGCUUAAGUCCUACCUCAUCUUUAUUUUUUUUACAGAUGAAUGUACUUCUCUUUUCUGCAGGGAUUGAGCCUGUGACGUGAUAAUUUGUAUCUACCUCAUGAAUCUUUGCAUUUCCUUCCCCAGCAGGCCCUCUGCCCUCCUCCCCACCCUCACUCAGUGGAGUUCACGUUUCCCUCUGACCCUCCGUGGGGCGUGAUAUGCACAAGCCUGGCGUCUCUGUGGCUGGGUGGGGGGCACUGGAUGUGUGUGGUGGGGGUGUAUUCUGUAGAUUGAGCCAAGGAAACAUGAAAAAACUAAGUAAAAAAAAAAAAUGAAAAACUAUAAAAUGUGGAAAAAUAAGAUUUAAAAAUGCUUAAUUAUAGAGUAUUUGUGUUCUGGAGAAUACUGUGUUUUGGGGAUUAGAUUGUGUUGUGUGAUCUUGAUCUUUUUGGGAAACUUUUUGAUUUUUUUUUUUUUGUGUGUGUGUGUUUUUUUUUUUUUUUUAAAUGCUGCAACAGAGAACUUUUCUGUGUUCUCCUUUUAUACCUCAGUGUGUUUAUCAUCCUGUUCAGCAUCUUUUCUUAUUCCUAGAAAAUGUGGCUGUGUCUGUGGCUUGCUAGCCAAGAAAAGCAGACUGUUCUAUUCAUAUUUUAGGAUAUGUGAUCCUUGUUUCCUUUAAGGGACGUUGGGUACACCUGCGUGUUUGUGGGUCUGAGUCCUCUUACGCCAGAAUAGUAAAGCUGCGGGUGAUAUACCACCACCCGAAGAAACUUUUCUUCUCACGCUUUGGUUUCUAAAAAAUAGAUGUAGCUUAGGAUUUUGGAUUAAAAGUAUUCUCAAAAGUUAAGUACUCUUAGUUUGCUGUUGGUUAUAAAGUUCAGUGGAAGGAAGAAGAAAAUCAACCUCAUUCUCAGAAAAGAGGGUAUCCGGCCUGCCUGACCGGCUGACUUGUGUGCGGGCGGGCAGGCAAGU